AUGUUUGACAACAUCCUAAUUACUCUGGAGCAAGGAGGUGGACUGCCCGAGGCAGGGGUUGUAAACCAGCCACUGCCUACAGAGGAGGAGGCGGUGGUUAUGGUGGAUGAAGCAAUAAAGGAUGGAGUAGUGGUGGUUGAAGAAGAAGAAAAGGAGAAUGAUAUUCUGGUCCUGGAGACUCCGGAGGCCGCCAUCAUCGUAGAGAUUUUUGAUGAACCUCCACGAAUAGAAGAAGAGGAAAUUGUGAUCAUUGAAAGAGAAAAAAAUGAGAUUGCAGUUGAAGAGGCCAAAGAAGUGGAAAUCGCAUUAGUAACCCCUGACAUUACGAUGGAGGUUGCAGAGGGUGUGCUGCCAGUAGAGGCCAAGAAGGAAGAGAAGGAAAGAUUGAAGAAGGCAGGAGAGGAAGAGAAGGAAAGAUUGAAGAAGGCAGUAGAGGCUGAGAAGGAAGAAAAGAAGGCAGCAGAGGCCAAAAAGGAAGAUAAGAAGAAGAAGAAGAGUAAGGGAAAAAAGGCUGGAAAGGCGGAGUCUUCGCAUCAUCGCAACAAGCAAGAACAAAGAGAAAAAGGAUGA